AUGAGUUUCGCAGGUAUCGCAGGGUGAGCAAGGUCGCGAGUUUGAGGUACACUUGUGUGGACAGAAGAGCUUGAGGGAGGCUUCACAAUUGGUAUGGGGCCAACAGAGUCCGGUUCAAAAUACAACAAUUUACCCACCUUUGUUAUCCACUACGGCGGUAUGAUGAAGAGGCUCAGGUCGUCAUCGAGCGAGCGAGUUGCUCCGACUCCGUGCGAGCAACGACUUCAUGCUGUCGCGAACAAUGGCCUCACGGGCGUCGUUCCACUGCUUCCACUAGCGUGACUGUCUACAUUGCAUACCGGCAUCGUGCAAUGUCAGUACUCGCACUGCAGGUAACACAUAAGCCAGUGCCGCAUCGAUAGAGACCAUGAG